AUGGCUUCUAAGGAAUUUUUAUGCUUUCUUUUCGUCUGUUUCUUUACCUUGGGAAGUGCUACCUACUGUACCUUCAAAAGCGAUUGUUCCUAUAGUGAGUCCUGUUGUACAGAUGGAGUCUGUAGAGAGAAAUGUUCCUACUGUUCGUACAACAGCCAGUGUGGGACGAACGAGCAAUGCUGUGAUGACAAAUGCAUCAGCAUUUUCUCCACUUGUUCCUGUUCGUCCACCUUCGAUUGUGGCAUUGAUGAGCAGUGCUGUAGUAGCACAUGCAUCAGUAGUUCGUCUUCUUGUUCCUGCACGUACGACUCCGAUUGUGACAUUGGAGAGGAUUGUUGUGGGGGAGUUUGUUCGUCAUCAUACUGUGGUUGGAGCGGUGGAGCUAUUGCAGGCACUAUUAUCGGCACAAUUAUUUUCUUCGCAAUCAUCAUUUCCAUUGUGUCCUGUCUCUGCUGUGCUUGUUGCCCCUACUACCGCUAUCGUACACCCGGUACUGUGAUCGUCACCGGCAACCAGCCACAACAGAUCGUCUCAACCCAUACACACAUGUCGACGCAACAAGUACAUGUUCCUCCGCCGGUGAACUACAAUCAGCCUCCUCCAGUUGGUUACAACCCGCCUCCUCAAGGCUUUAAUCAGCCUCCUCCGCCUUACCCGAGCUAUCCACCGCCACCAAACCAAUAUCCUCCACCGCCGGGACAAGCUCAAGCGGCGCCGAUGCCGGCUGCAAUAAACGCUGCACAACCGCACAAGUUCUAA